AUGAUGCUCCGCAGCCCCGACCUCUACUCCAUCGGAUGGAUCGCUACCCUGCCCAUCAAGCGCGCAGCAGCAACGGCUUUACUCAACCAGCGCCAUGAACCUCCCGCCGGCUUCGAGCAGCAUCAGUCCGACACGAAUUCGUACACAUGGGGCAGAAUGGGCGAGCAUAACGUGGUCAUAGCCUCGCUUCCUGCCGGCAUGCCCGGAAACACUUCCGCAGCCACCAUCGUCUCGAACCUCCUCUCAUCUCUACUACAAAUUCGAAUCGGUCUGCUCGUCGGCAUCGGUGGCGGCAUUGCUCGACCAGACCAAGACCGGGAUAUCCGGCUCGGUGAUGUCGUCGUUAGCCAGCCCAAGGGAACCCACGGAGGCGUCGUCCAGUAUGGCUGA